AUGGAAGAAAGUAAUCCACCUAUUAAACAAGAACCCAUAGAAGAACUUACCUUAUUUGCGCAAGAGUUGCCAAGGAAAAAUCAAUCACAAGUAGAACAUCCGGAUAAACAAAAAACACACUUUCAGAACCUUCCAAGCAAAAUCAAAUUAGAACCUCAAAUAGCAUCAAUUCACGAUUGGCUUUCAAAAUUACCAGCAGCUAAGCCCGUCGUUGAAAAACCUGUUGGACCGAAAUUUGUGGGAACCAUCAAUGAUACGAACCCAGAUGGGUCAGACGGUGGAAUAGAAAUCGGUGCUAACAAUGCAGUUCCAAAAUCAACUUCCAAGACAAAACAAACGGCCAUUAGGUCAAAUCCCACGAAACAAAGAAAAACGGCUGUAAACGCUAAACAACAGAAAGCGUUUAAAAAAUCGGUGAAAAAGCCUAGCAUUAGUAAGAGCAAAGAAAUAGACAAAUCAUCGUCAUCGGUCAACGAAAAUACUGUUAAAUCGAAAAAACAGAAGGUGACGAAGGUUGAGAGGAAGAAAGUUGAUUAUUAUGAAUCCUCUGCUGCGGUAGCUGGGCCUUCGACACCCAGAAAGAAGAGGAACAUAGAAAACGAAGAGGCAAAAGAGUCGGAAGAGUCAAGGAUGUUGGAUGAAUCGGAUUACUCUGACAAAAUGUUGGAGAAAAAACGAGAAUUUCAAUCAUUACUCGAUAUAUUCGAUCAGAAGGUUCUUGAUGCAUAUAAUGCAUUUGAGGAUCUUACCAAGGAACUCAAUAAAUCAGCUCCAGGUUUAAAACUCAUGAUUGAGCCACCAAAAGUGUAUAAUAAACGUGCGAUUUAUACAUUGAUGGGAUUGAACGAAGAUGAAGAUUCCAAAAAAUAUGUUUGA